AAUAGAAAUUUGGAUAUAAAGGCGUUAGAAUCUUAUGAUAUUAGUUUAGGAAAAUCGCUUUUCCAUACAAUUCUAUACUCCCUAGAGCUCCCUAGAGGACCUCGGUUAGAUAUAAUUUUAUGGACAAUUAAACAUCACCAUAUAAGAGAAUGUGAAAGUUUUUCAAAUAGUGGAUUCAUUUUUUCGGGUUAUGAUUAUAAUCGACAGCGAAAUUACUGA